GGUAAUAAUAUAAUGGAUCAAAAGCCAAAGAAAGUUACUAUCGCUCUUGUAGGCCUUCUCUUAUUGAUAUUUGUAGUUGUCGUCUUUCAAUCCAAAAAGGAAGAAUACGAACAUAAUAUCGAAAGAAUCGAGGAAAAUAGAGAGCACAGAAUGGAUGAAGAGAGAGAAAAUCACAGAAAAGAUCGAAGAGAGCACGAGAGAGAUGAAAGAGAUGAAGAGGAAAGAUAUAAACACGAAGAAAGGGAAAAAGAAAAAGAAAUGAGAAAACAUAAUGAAUCUGAAGAAGGAUCUGGAUCUGUAGACACAGCAUGUGAUAAAGACAAGCAUUUCAUGAAAGGAGAUGAAGACUGAGAAGAUACCCUAGACAGUAACAAUGACGACACCGACAACCAACCUGAAGAAAACAGCCAGGACGAAGAACAUCAAGGAAACGAGACUAACGAGAAGUCUGAAGAACAGGAUGAGAAACAAGAUGAAGAGCAGGAUGAGAAGCAGGAUGAGGAACAAGAUGAGGAACAGGAAAAUGAUAACAGCGAAGAAAAUGAAGAUGCAGAGAAAGAAGAAAAUGAAGACGAAGAAACAGACCCACAAGACCAAGACGAAGAAGAUGAAACUCCAAAAUCCCAUCCUCCUUCCUUAGACAGAAUCUUUAUGCUAGUAGUUCUUACUCUCAUGGUAUGCGGCAUUGCCUUCUUCUUCCUUAAGCAGAGAGAUCAGCCUAAGCCAGGACCAGAUCUUGAGAAUAGGAACUAUGGAAGGAUUCAGCAAGAAGAUAGCUUUGAUCUUAGAUUUUAACCUAUAAUUUCAAUCGGG